CUGCAUCGCGGCAAACUUGACACCGUAGAAGAAGAAGGGGGCGUGUAGCAGUUAGCCUGCGUGCUAACUGCGAGCUAAAGUUGAUAGUACUACUUUCACUUUCUGAGAAGCAGCGAUAUCCUCGCUGGGAUGAGCAGGGCUUCCUGGAAAACGAAACUGGACCCCGCCGUGGCCGCCUUGGACACAGUUUAGCUAGUACAUGCCGGUGUUUAGCCGUCCUCGGUGGCGGUUCAGACAGGUUGUAGCCGGUGGCGUCAAAAGUUUUACCCGCUAACCGUCCGAACGCACAGGUAGCGUCAGUUUACAGCUAGCGUUAGCGGGCUAGCCGCCGCUAGCAUGGAGGUCGGUGGGAUCGCGCCGAGUAAUGAGGAGCGGGGAGUGGAGAAAGCCAUGGACGAGUACUUGAAAUCAAUCGGUUUGCAUCGGAAAAAGAUCGCCAAAGACGGAUCGUGCUUGUUUCGGGCUGUCGCUGAGCAGGUGCUGCACUGCCAAAGUCUUCAUACUGAAGUUCGGGCCAAAUGUGUGGAGUUCCUGAAGCAGAACAGAGAGAGUUACGAGGCGUUUAUUGAAGGUGACUUUGAGGAAUACCUGUUCAAGCUUCAGGACCCGCAGCAAUGGGUGGGAGAAGUAGAGAUCAACGCGCUGGCUGUCAUGUACAAGAGGGACUUCCUGAUCUUCCAGGAACCCGGAAAGCCGGCUGUCAACAUCACAGACAACAACUUCAAGGACAAGGUGCGGUUGUGUUUCCUGAACGGGAAUCACUACGACAGCGUUUAUCCCAUCAGCCACAUCAAGAACACCGCCGUCUGUCAAUCCAUCCUGUACGAGCUGCUGUAUGACGGAGUGUUUAAGGUGGACCGGAGCUUCCUGGGUCUCUGCCAGCGGACCAGCCGACCCACCGACCUGCUGAGCGACGACAACAUGUUGGCCUGUGCCAGCAGCGACGAGUCCGACCUGGAUGCCGGAGACGCCCUCUGGGUGGAAAAUGGAACGAGCUCGGCCUCUACGAGACACGGCAGCCACACCUACAGGGGUCGUGGUCGAGGUCGGCAGCUGCCCGAGAGAGUCCGAAGAUCUCUGAACCCGACUCUGCUGAGGAACAUCGAGUACGACGUCUGGCAGAAGAGCAAGAGAGCCCAGCAGAAGAUGGAUUACUGCAUCGCUGCUGGGAUGCAUUUCUCAGUCGGAGAUCGCUGCCAGGUGCGUCUGGACGGCAGUGGGCGGAGCUAUGGCGCCACCAUCAAGGAGGUUCCUCCCAAUAACGGACCGGUGACGGUUUACAUCGAAGAACUGGGCCGGAAACACACGGUCUCUCUGUGGAGCCUCCGACCCCCCGGUGAUGGAGGCAGCUGGAGCACCGUCUCCAACCGGGACAAGAAGCUGAGCAACGGGCAUGGAGAGUGGGAGGAGAAAAGAAGAGGAAGAGGGAAGGCCCCCCCAGGAGCUUCCUCUGUUUCCACGGCGACAGCACAGGGCGCUACUGGGCGUGUGCAGAAGCAGCACUCAUGGCCGCCGCCGACCUCCGUAGACGAGCAGGGGGCGACUAAACCGACCAGGAAGUCUGUGAGCUCAGCGGAGUCGGCGUUCGGUCUGACGGAGGAGCAGCGAUUGGCCAAAGAGGAGGAGAAGAGGAACGUGUCUCUGGUGGAGAUCCAGCUGAGAGACGAACUCAGCUUCCCUGCCCUCGGGACACAGAGUGAAGGAGGGAAGAGGAAAGGAGGAGAGAAGAGACGAUCUCAGAGGAACAAGACGAAGAGUCCGGUUGAAGACGUCAGAGCUCCAUCUCCUAAAUCCUCGACUCCACCUCCUCCAACCUCACCUCCACCUGAGACAAAGCCCACUAACUCUGCCUCUCCUGGUGACUGCGCCCCCACCUGGCUGAGCUCCAUUAAGGCGUCCUCGUCCUCUCAGUCCUACGCCUCGGCUGCUGGUCCUGCUGCUAAACCUGCUGUGACUCCUCCCCCCUUCAUCACCCCUGUCCUCCCCCCUGCCUCCUCCUCCUCGCCUCCUCUCACCUUCAUCGCUCCCAUCGCUCCCCCUCCCUCCUCCGCUCAGGGCCUCCCCCAGUCCUCCCCCAGCCCUCCAUCAGUCCAGGAGGCUCCAGCAGCUCAAAGCACAAAUCCUUUGCCAAAACCUGGAGUCACCGUGACGUCGUCUCAGACGGUCCAAAGACAGAAUCAGGACACUCAGAACCACAUCGCUGAGAACCAGACCUCAAGAUCACAAAACCAAGUCCUGGUGACCCAGACCUCUGUCCCCCAGACCCAGGACCAGAACCAGUCCUCUGUCCACCAGGACCAGAACCAGACCUCUGUCCACCAGGACCAGAACCAGUCCUCUGUCCACCAGGACCAGAACCAGACCUCUGUCCACCAGGACCAGAACCAGACCUCUGUCCCCCAAACACAGAUCCAGUUCUCUGUCCCUCAGAACCAGACCUCUGUCCCCCAGACCCAGGACCAGAACCAGUCCUCUGUCCACCAGGACCAGAACCAGACCUCUGUCCACCAGGACCAGAACCAGACCUCUGUCCCCCAAACACAGAUCCAGUUCUCUGUCCCUCAGAACCAGACCUCUGUCCCCCAGACCCAGGACCAGAACCAGUCCUCUGUCCACCAGGACCAGAACCAGACCUCUGUCCCCCAAACACAGAUCCACUUCUCUGUCCCCCAGACCCAGGACCAGACCCAGUCCUCUGCCUCCCAGCCUCUCCACCAUGUCCAGCCUCCUCACCCCUCCCAGGUCCCUCACCCGUCCCUCUGCCUCACCUCCUCCUCCCCCCUCAGAGUCAGACUGAAGCCCCGCCCCCUCCUCCCCCAGCAGCCCCCUCCCUUCCCGUCCCUCCCCGGUUCCGUCCCCCUGCAGCUGUCCCAGGUCUACCAGGACCCCCUGUACCCGGGGUUCCCUCAGGGAGAGAAGGGGGACGUGGUCCCGACUCCAGGCUUCUCGUCCAGCAGGAUGGGGGACGACCUGCCCCGAGACAUCAACAUCUUGAGGUUUUUCUUCAACCUGGGUAUCAAGGCCUACUCCAUGCACUGGAUCCCCCCCUACAUGUACCUCUGGCCCCUCCAGCAGGCCCACGCCAUGCAGCCCAAACUUACCUCCCGCUCUCCGUCCCCCCACUAUCCGCCCCCCACCGGGCACCAGGAAGCCUACCUGCCCCCCCAGUACCCACAGAACACGUCCUCACCCCCCCAGUACCCCGCUGCCUCCACGUCCUCACCCCCCCAGUACCCCCCAACCUCAGCGCCCCCCCAGUACAACCACCAGCCCCACCUCACUGAGCCAGUGGGGUACCCCAUCGCCCAGCCGCCGCCCCACAGGAUGCCCUGCCCCUCACUGUCAUGGCAACAGAUGCCCCCAUCCAGAACCCCCACGUACACAGGCGGGUAUUCCUCCCCGACACCAUCAUACCCGAUUCCCCCGCCAACAUCUCAGGGCUACCCCCAGGGUCACAGCCCAGGACACCCCAUGUACCCCCCGGCUGUGCCCCCGUACCCCCCGUCAUCUCUGGGGUAUCAGCCUCCGUCUGCCCCCGAGGAGCUCCAGAUGGGUCAGGGAUCUGUGGAGCGGAUCGAGCCCGCCAACGGGGACACGAUGCCGGGCCACGAUCGCGUCAGAGUCCCUGGUCCUCUGGAGGGUCCUGCUAACGUGGCUAACGCUAACAGACCGGCGGUUCCUGGUUUCACCCUGAAGAAGGAAGCAGGAGACAGUGGGACCAGAACCGUGCUGCUGGUGGACCCCCCCUCAACAACCAGCCCAUACUCGCUCUGGUUUCAAACCAUGACGUUAAGGACGCCCCCGUUGCCAUGGCAGCCAGGAAGCCCAGGAGCACCCCCGCCUCCCAGUCUCCGUACCGGGUUCCCCGUCAGCCGUACGUCUCCCUGAGGGCCCCGGAGCCCACGCAGGUGAGCUUCGUGGGGCCGGAGCUUCUGUCGGUGGCCUGCAGCACGGAGGACGACUGGCAGAAGGACCGACCAACAAGCAUCAGAGGAAGGAGGGGCUACAGAGGAGGAGGCCGAAGCCGAGGGAGCUACAGGAGGAGGCCCGGGGUGGAGCUGGGUGCAGGGCCUAACUACGGACAGUACAGCUCCUCCCACAGGGGGCGGGGCCAGGAGAGAAGCUACUAACUCUCAGCCAAUGAGAGUAGAGGACAUAGGUGAUUUUUUUUUUCUGUGUCACCAGAGAGCUGAUUGGAUUGUUUUUGCUGAGUCAGCAGCGUCUCCGAGGAGAAAAACGGACGCUUCUUUGUCCUCGAACGCAUCGUGUCCUCGCCUGCGUCACGUUCAGGAACACCGUCGCUGUAUUUUAAAGCCUCAGAAUCUUAAACACAAACACUAUGUUGGAAUUUGUAAUGUUUGGUGCGCUAAUUAGCAUAGCAUGCUAGCAUCUCUAAUUUAAAACACAUUUAAAGCUCGUUUUCAGGAUUAUAAACAAUAAAUUUUGCCUCCAUGUCGACAUUUGAGAUAAAAAAUGUACAAAUUUCUUCGCAGGUUCCGUUGCUUUAGUGCCUAUCUGAUGAUUUUAUAGCUAGCACCUCGUUAGCUUAGCAAAAUUCAUCUGACUAAACGAAGCCAAAUGUAUUUCUGACCAUCUACGUUUUUACUUCAGUCAGUUAGCUUAGCAUAAACGAUGAACGCUUAAAGCCAUAAAUUUAUUUAUAUGCUUAAACCUUAGCAUUCAACAAACAAACAGCUAGUUAGCUUAGCAUAAAGAUGGAAAACAGCCCAGGCUUCAGUUUAAAUAGCCAGUUAGCCUAGCAUUCAGCGUUAUUUUAAGCAGCUGAGCUCUGAUGUAUUAAUGUGACGUUUGGACGUGUUUGUAGGUGGAUUUUGUUACCUUUUAGCGUCUGUGUGCUAAGCUAAGCUAACUGUUUCCUGCAUCUUCUUUCUAUAUUUAGGACAUGAGAACGCUGUUGGUCUUCUCACCUCACUGUCUUUGAAGCUGUGCAAAAAUUCCUGUUAAAAUGAAGUCAAAUGUCUGACUUUCUCGAAUGCAACACAACUGAGAGCUUGGCGUGUCGUCAUGGCAACACAAACUCCAGCGUCUGUUAGCACUGCGGGCUAAAACCAGGAGGAUAAUCGGAUGAGAACGGCUUUUAGAGACGUGUUGCUGCUACAUACCUCAGCGGUGAACUCUGGUUUCAUGUGUUUCUUUAGGUUUAGUUUUUUGUGCUGCUGCUGAUUUCAUUUCGUCGUUUUUUUUCUUCUUUUCUUUGGAUCGACUCUACGUUCAGAUCAGUGCCUUGCUCCUUUUACUGUGUGUCUUCUGAGAAACUGCUGUACGCCACAAACAAACAAACAUGUCGUCUGUUGGGUUUUCUAUGUGGACAAAUAAAUAAAACUUUGGUUCAGA